CACCGUCCGUCGUCUGCUGUUUCUUCCGUUUGUUUGUGUCCGUAGUUUUUUGCCACACGCAGUGUAUUAUGUUCGACAGUGGAUAAGUGUAUCACGCGGCGUACGGGUACCACGGAAAGCGAGAAAAAAAAAAUGUUGCUGUACACGCUAAUCGGCGGCUACAUGCUGACCUCGGUAAUACUCUUCAAGUAUCCCACUCUGUUGCACAAAAAGAAGAAGGUGAAGUUUCUGUGCCAACACAUCAGCCAUCGGGGCGGUGCUGGCGAGAGCUACGAAAACACGAUGUGCGCGUUCAGACGAGCAGUGGCUAUUGGAACGCAAAUGUUAGAAUUAGAUUGUCACCUUACAAGAGAUGGUGAAGUAGUAGUUUCUCAUGAUCACAAUCUCUUGCGCAGUACAGGCAUAGAUAAAAACAUCUCCGAAUUGGAUUACAAGGAUUUACCACUUUUAAAGCAACGUUUACCAAUUGAUUUUGAUCCAGAUUCUGAGUAUGUCGGUUCGGAAAGGGAAGAAGAUCGACAAUUCGCAUUGUUACGAGAAGUCUUUGAGGCAUUCCCUAAUAUCCCUAUUAACAUCGACAUUAAGAUCAACAAUGAUCGACUUAUAGCCAAAGUUUCUGAUCUUAUAAAAGAAUACAAUAGAGAGGAGUAUACAGUUUGGGGAAACUUCAGUGAUGAAGUCACACAGAAAUGCUACAGAAUGAAUCCAAAUGUAAACUUACUAUUUUCAAUGCAACGUGUGACGAUGUUAAUAUUCCUUAUGUAUACUGGCUUGUUACCAUUUGUACCAUUAAAGGAAACACAUCUUGAAAUUUUCUUGCCUUCAAUAUAUUUGCGACGAAAAGGUGGUCCGAGUCCAACAUUUUUACCGUUGGAAAAGUUAGUAGUACGUACUAUUAACUUACUAUUAAUGAGACCGUGUUUAUUUAAUCAUUUAAAAUCACGGGGCAUACAUGUUUACUUUUGGGUUUUAAAUAAAGAUGAAGAAUUUCAAAGAGCAUUUGAUUUGGGAGCAACUGGCGUAAUGACAGAUUAUCCAACAAGAUUGAAAUUAUUUUUAAAGAAAAAUUCAAUAGAAUAAAGUACCAGAUAUAGAUUUUUAAAAAGUACACGUCAGAUAACAAACCAUUGAGAAAUUGCGCAGCUAUUUAUGUCUGAGGGGAGAUAUCUGCCAUGAUAAGCCAGAGCUAUAAGUUAUACAGAAUAAACAAAGUAGUAUAUUUUUUUAUAAGCCAAGCAAAAAUAUUUGCUUAUGUUCUGUGUAUAAAUGCCAAUUUGAAUGAAUUUUUGCCAUAAUUGCGUCAGUCCAUAUAAAUCGAAUCAUUAGCGAAAUUACGUAUACAGUACAUGAGUACAGAAUGCGUACAUGACAGUUUAUUGUUACAUUAACCAUGCGAGUAUUCAUGGAAUAAGAUUGCUCUGGCCUCGUAAAUCUUAUCUGCCUUUUUUCAUUUUUUAUUUUAUAUAAGGAAGCUUUUUCUUUCCAUGUGAUUAGUUUAGAAUUGUAAGUUUAUUAUUUAUUAUCAUUGACAGUUACUCUGCGUGGCAUAAGUUACCAAGAUAUCUGUGCAACUUAGCAAUUUUAAUAGAGCGAUUUUUAUAUAAUUUAUAAUGAUACUGCGCACUUCUAUUUACUUUGCUUUUAGAAUCUAUCUAUGGUCUCAGACUCCAUAUAUUAUCUUUAUUUACGGGAUAGGCAUACUUUACUUUCAUAUAAUUAAAAAAAAACGAAUGUUCUUUAACAUUAUUCAUUUUUCUUCUUAUAACGACUUUUUAUUUACAAUAGUCUUCCACAUUUUGAUUUAUUGUAAGGUACAAUUCGCAUACCUUGUAAAAAGGGUCUGCAUGCAUAUCCUAAAUUUUUGGUACAAAAUAUCUAUUAAUUAUAUCUCUCUGGGGCCAGCGUUAACUUAGCCCAGCAUUUAAAUGCUUUAAAUAACAUAUAGAUAGUUUACCUCGGUGUUCACAGUGCUUGUAAAGGUUAUCACAUAUUCAAUAAGACAUAACAGUAUUAGGUUUCAAUCAACCGUGUACUCGACUCAGCCGACUAUGAUUACAGUCAUUAAAUUCAACAUCGAAACUAUUACGUCUUAUAAUAAGUAUGUGUGAUAACCUUAAGUAUAAUUUGUGCUUCUUUAAUAUUUAAUAAAUAAGAAUGAAAUAAUGCUUAAAGCGCUGUAAGCGUCAAAGCGAAUGCAGCCCAUGUCUGAUCUAUGGUGCAUUUGUUAAAUAAGUUUUAAUCAUAGAUUCGUGAGAAAAAAUAUUUUACGUGUGAAAAGAGAAAAAUCGAGUUACGCAGAUCGUGAUAUGUCUUUAGUAUAUAUGAUAUAAGUUUUUCGUAAAAAAAAAUAAAUGUGAUAAAAGUGUGUGUCAUUCUCAUAUAUUGAGAAUUUGAAAUCGAUGCAACUAUCAGGAUUAGUCCUAUAAAUAAAGAAAUAAAUUUAUGUAUUUGUGCAAAUAUUGAAUUUGACAAGUAUAUUUAUACUAUAUUUAUGCUAGACAUAGCAUAAAUGAUAAACAGUAUUAUGGUCUUAUAAUAACUUAAUAUAUGUAGGACAUACUUCACAGGAGUUAUCAUUCUUCAGUGCUACAUCUCCAUUCCUGAAGCAUAUCCUACACAUUAAGUUACAUCAUAUUUUUACAGGGCAUUUUGCAAUUAACAUGUGCAAUUGUCUUACAAUCUAUGGAUAUCUAUAUGUUGAAUAUGUGUACUUUUCUAAUCUUUUAAAUGUAGAAACGAUACAUCCCAAACAAUUAAACGAAUAUUAUGUUAAUAACAUAUUUAACUGCAGCUCACAUUUAUAAAAAGUGUAACGAUAAUAUCUUUUCUAACUUAUAUGUAUAUUAUAUAUAAUUUAUAUAUUUAGACUGUUUUUAUAUAUAAAAGAUCUGUAUGUAUAUGUGCGAUUAUAUGUAUAUGUAUACAAUAUACAUAUUCAGAUGAAAGAAUAGUAAUAUAUGAAAUUACUAAAGAGACGUGGAAGAUAUCAAUAUUUACGUGGUUAUAAAAAUUAAUAAAGAUUAUACAUUAUACGCGCUGUCUUAUAGAAUAUACAGUUAUAGAAUUCAUGUGAUGUAUGUUUUCAUUUUACAUAUUUAAAAUCAUUACUAAAUUUUUAAUGAUAGAUAAUUAUAUAUUUAUUAUUCUAGUAUUUUGAUGUAAAAUCAGUAGCAUAAAUAUUCUUUUAUUUAUGCUGUAAAAAACCGUGUAAAUCAUUUAUUGCAUAAAACAAGUUCUCUUGUUUCAUCUAAAUAAUAAUGAUAAAAAAGAAGCAGAAGUGAUUUAUAUAAAUAGUUUAUUUAAAUUGAAAAAUUUGUUAAAUUUACAACUUUAUAUAAGUAUAUACAUAUAUUUCAGAGAAAAAUUAUUUCUAUGUAUGUUUAAAUAAAUUGUCUAUUUAACUAUAAGUGUACUUCACAGGAGGAAAGGAUUAAAUAAAUAACAUACUAAGUUUUGUUAAAUUGCUUCUAUUAAGUAAUCAAAGUCUUAUAAUGUAUAAUUAAUAUAUUGAAAAUGUUUUACAAUGAAUGUUAAAUAUAGAGAAAACGCAAUUACUAUGUACAAAUACAUGUACCUUUGUACUUGAAAUUAACUUUUGUGUAUUUGUAAAGCUCAAAAUUUAUAAAUAUAAGUUUUCAUUCUAUGUGUUAUAAA